AUGACAAGCGACUCGCCACCCAUGUGGGAGCCGCGUAUCAGGCAUAUAACUGGCGUCGGCAUUCACGAGCUCGUGCCCCCGGCCCCGCCUCCAGCUCGCGGUGGUGGGAGCUUUCCCUUUGGUCCUCCCCCCGGCGGCUCACCACGAGCACGGAGAUCGAGCCAUGCUGGCCACGACGUGCCACCGUUGCAUGGCCGAGCACGGGCUCCCACUCUUGCCGGCGAGGGCAGGGACGGACAUAUCCACCAUCCGCCUGCUGCGCCGCCUCCAACGACCGUCCCGCCUGUGAUGGAGGAACGGGCGCUGGCAAGGUGUUUUAUCGCGCUGGUGCUUCCUGGUGAAAAGCACAAGAAGGACGAGGCCGAUGCUCGUCGCGCAGCCUCCCCGGUGACAGAGGGGACAGAGUCGCCGCCAGCGUCGCCAACACCGAGUUCGGCGUCGGCGUCCCGGCGACGAACACGGAUGCAGCCGGACGCUCCCAAACCCGGCCGUACACGUACGACAUCCCUCCCUCCCAAACCGGCACAACCGGCACCUCGCCCUGUGCGUAAGGCCAGCGUAUCGAGCGUCGCGUCCGCCCCCGCUCCGUCCCCUGUACCGUCCUCGCCGUCCCCGGGAGCGAGCUCGCCGGCCCCGCGACGCCCGAAGCAGAAUGGAACCAGUCCCAUUGCGUCCACAGCAUCACCCAAGACCACGCCGCUCAAGGUAUCCCCGGCCACGGCGGCCGCCAAAGUGGCUCGACCAUCGCCCGUCAAGCUCUCGCCAGCCAAGGUCGCCCCGGCCAAAGUGUCCGCAACGACAGCGUCUCCCAAGCGGCCCGCACCUGUCGUUCGUCGCUCCACCACGCUGGGCUUUCCCGCUCGCCCAGGCGACAGACGUGCACCACCGCCACCACCCCCGCCUGUCCCCUUCUUCCUUUCUGCGAUUCACCCUCCGAGCACUCACCCGCGGUGGGCCCAUCUCGAGACUGGCGACUUUGCCCCCUGGCUCGGCCUCAAUGAGGCUGCUGGCACGCAGGUCGAGGUCCAGGUCUGGCUCGAAGAAGGUAAAGGGGAGAGUGCCAAGUGGCGCCAGCUGCCUGGUGUUGGCGGCGUGAUGGAUCUCACACGUCUGGUACCUUGUCGGCCUGGACAGGUGCUGGAACCAAACACCGUCCAGUGGACGUUUAGCGCUUAUCCCAAGUCGGUGUUCUACCUGCCGGCCGCGGAUGCCCCGCCCCUGGAACGCGAUGUUGAGCGUGGCGUGGUGGAACGCAGUCUCCGAGAGACAAGGAUGAAGCAUGGCCCAAGUGUCGGAGCUCUCCACCAACUCGUCAACAUUCAAUCCGUGAUUGCCGACACGCAGCGCAGCAUCGAUGACCUUCAACGGCGUAUAGACUCUCUUAUCACAGGGGAUGUCGACCGGUCGACGCUCAAGCGCGACGUAUCUGAACGCGGCCUCAAGGUCCGCUGGGUCCGCGACCGUGUCUCCGAGGUAGAACGUACCAUCGAGGAAGCCCGGGCGCGUAUCACACUCCACCGUGGCCGGGUGUCGGCCCGACGCGCACUGCUAGCGGCUGCCGUCGAGCACGAGGAGACCACCAAGUCGGAGGCAUGCGACCUCGCACGCCAGAUUGCCGACACUGAGGACCAACGGAGCGCUCUGCUGCCGCAAAUAUACAGUCUUCGCGCCCACCACGCGCAAACACUUGACAGUCUGUUCCCCAUCGAACCCCUCCAUCCCCUUACACUUCUAUACUCCAUCGUGGGUGUCCCCCUCCCGAUUCCUUUGGGACCCAAGGACCCCGCCCCGCCCCUCACUCUCGCCCCGGCACUCAUCCCCGACGGCUGUCCCCGGGUCGACGAACGCACAACUUCAGCAGCACUGGGUUACGCGGCGCUUGUUGUCCACCUGAUAUCACUUCUCGGCGGCGCUGCCGCCGGCCUCGCUUACCCGGUAACCUACGCCGGCUCGCGCAGCCAUGUCCGCGACGUCGUCUCGGUCAUGAACGGACCUCGCUCGUUUCCGCUGUACGGUAAAGGCGUCGAGCGUUAUCGGUACGAAUACGCCGUGUUCCUGCUCAACAAGGACAUUGAGCUGCUCAUGCACGAGUCGGAUAUCCGCAUGCUGGACCUGCGGCACACGCUUCCCAACCUCAAGAACCUGCUCUUGACACUGUCGUCGCCUGAACCGCCCCCAUCUGGCCCCGUCUCGGGCCCCGGAUGGGCCAGUGGCGCGGCGUCGCGCGCGAGCUCGCGCCAGCCGUCUUCGGCGUGGAGUCUGCCCAGUCGCCAUCUGCGGAGCGUGAGCGCUACGUCGUUUAACUUCCUCGUGCCGGCCCCGGCUACGGGGUCGAUCGGGACGUCGCUGGCCAGUGCGGGCCCGACGAGCGACGAGAGCGGGAGUGUCAGCGCCAACGCUAGUGCGGUCGUUGGACAAGGUGGGCCGUCGACCCCGUCACGUUCCGAGUCGCCACAGCCGCUAUGGGCAAGCCCGCAGCGGUCGCGGCUGCACAAGUCGCACACGGCCUCGAGCUCUGGAACCCCCGACGACCGGGAAUGCGACGACUCGGAUUCGGAGGGCACCCAGACGGAGGGCUAUGUCGUGGGCAAGAACGCAUGA